AUGCAUGCGUAUCCAGUUUUCCGUCGGCAGUCAGCCACAUCAGCCCGGCUCCUCAUGGCACCCACAAGCGAGGCCAACCGCGUGGAAAACAAAGUGUCUGCAAGGGCCCAACCCAAAGAGGAGGUACUGAAGGAGGCAUCCAACUUUGUCAGGAGCAAUGGGGGAGAUCCAUCUGACCAGUUUUUGGUGUUGGCUCACUGUCUGCUACAGUUUGGUAAAUACCAGGGUCAGAGAUUCAUUUGGCUUCUGGAGAACUCGCUUGGCUACGCAUUAGCCUUGCUGCAUAGUAUUUCCAAUGAAACAGCACUCCCAAACCCUCUGUCAGAAAAUAAGCAACUGUUUCUUCAGUACACAUCGCACAUUAAAGAGUUGCCUGGAGAAGUGGAGAAAUACGCCAAGAAGAAAGAGCUUCAGGCUCAAGCGCAGGCAACAGGAGACACGGGCUGUUUGUUGUUGGAGUUUGGAGACUUUGAGGGCCGCUCUCUGAAAGAGGUGUACGAGGACCAGAGCCACGGGGCCCAGAAACUCGUCAGGUACGUGCUACAGUCAAAUGCACGGCCCAACACCAACAUGGCCCUUUUCAAGGCAUAUAUUUUGAAAAGACGGUCAGCUGAGGGUACCAGUACCAGGGAGCAUCAGCCAUCUCCAGCCUCCAGUGCCAGCGCCUCUUCUCCUGCCCCGUCACCUACCACCAUCCAAACGGGUCCACGGACGCCUGCCUCUGUAAAAGCUCUGCUGGCACGUGGCAAACACUUGCCUCCCUCACAGCUGGCCAAAAAACUUGUGUCACCUGUGAAACCCUCUCCAGCACCGCAAUUGUCUGGCUCCAGCACUGCACAUCGGCGCCCAGAACCCAUUCCCCAACAGUUGCGCUUCCUCUGUGGCCCUUCUGAGGCCAACGAUGAGGAACUUGUGCGUGCCACACAAGAGUGUGAGACACAGCUGCAAACAGCAGGCACCAUGCCUCCUCUAGCAGCCACCAUGCCUCCUCCAACAGCCGUCAUGCCUCCUCCAACAGCCGCCAUGCCUCCUCCAGUAGAAGUUGCUCAGCCACAGCCAUCGGUGGAUCUCCCCUCUCACUGGAAGGACCAUCUUCCUCCCUUCCAACAGGAGUGGAUUCGCCACACACUGUUCAAGGCGAACCCAAAGACUGGGAAACCGGAGCUGGUGACCCAGCUGAAGCUGUGGUGGCAUCCUCCUCAGCCCACCCUCAUUCACACCCAGCCACCGGCGUCACCUAAUCAAUUCUUCUGUCGCCCCCUGUUCCUGUGGAUGCCUCACAAGAUGUGGAGGUACCCACUAGUCUGCGUGCGUCCAUCAUGCCAAAAGUACAGCCUUACAGCAGCCGGACUGUAUAGGACCGUGCGCAAGGUCCUGGACAUAGACGGGUGGUAUGACCUUGCAACUGAGUACCUGGAGUGCAAGCGGUGCUCCAAGAAAUAUCCUGCGUGGUCUGAGGAUAUCUUGGCCCAGCUGGAUGUUGGCCACCGCAGCCAGUUCCCAGCUCUGCUAACUUACACGUACUCAUGUGACAACCGGGUGAUAAGGAUGAUGAGGGAGAAGACACUGGGCAACAGUGUUACCCAGCUGUACAAGAAGCUGAACGAGCAGCACAGUGAGGCGUGGAUGCAGCGCUUCCUGCAGUACCUGACAGCUUGCGAGCCGUUUACAAGGUCUGCAAUCAUCUGCCCAGUAUUUGCAGAUCCCCCAGCCUUACCUGCCAUCCCAAAACCGAAGUGGCUGUUGGCCGUGUUUGCCAGAGAUGUCCUUGGGAGGCUGAAUGAAGUGAAGGCCAAAAUUACAAACACCUUUGGCUCUGUCCUCAAGAUGGACUCCACGAAAAAGAUCACCAAAAAGCUGUCUGGUGCCGCUGCAGGUACAGCUGCUUGGUGUACAAACGUGGGAAAUGAGUACGGCCAAGUACUCACUUCAGUCCUGACGGCCUCCGAGGGACAUGCUCUGGAUGGGAUGGCAACAGGCCUAAUGAAGCGGUACAGGGAGGCAGGUGUAGCUCCACCCGACAUUAUGUACGUGGACAGAGACUGCUGCAGUGGGGCAGUGAACAGGAUGUUUGCCGACUGGGAUGAGCUCCAAGUGCGCCUUGACGUGUGGCAUUUCAUGCGCCGCUUUGCCGCAGGUGUCAACACAGAGGCUCAUCCCCUGUAUGGCAUUUUUAUGAUGCGCCUGUCCAAGUGCAUUUUUGAGUGGGAUCCCGAGGAUGUGUCUGCUCUUCGUGAAGCUAAGAAGAGCGAGCUGGCGGCGAAGGGCAUCCUGGACAUCACAGAGGAGGCUCUCAAUGCCCGGAUAUCUCGGAGGGAGUUGGCGCUGCACUGUCGGAGGAGGACCAGGGGCGUGGAGGAGACCUCCAGACUGCUUGAAGCAUUGAUCAGGAAUAUGGAAGGAUCAGAAGAAGCACGUGGCCUGCAUCCAGGACCCAGACUUCCCCCUCUACAUUAA